AUGGCCAACGCUUUGAAGACGUCAAUACGACGCUUUGCCACUACAGCUGUCCGUGCAGCAACUGCCGAGUCGCCCAAUCCUUACCAUAUCCGCGUCUCCAAAGCUCAAGGAGUGGUUGACACGUUAACAGGAGCCAUUGGCAAUACUCCUCUCAUAAGACUGCAUAAGCUCUCCGCCGAAACGGGUUGCAACAUCCUGGGUAAGGCCGAGUUCCAAAACCCGGGCGGUAGCGUGAAGGACCGCGCAGCUCUAUAUGUUGUGAAAGAUGCAGAAGAGCGAGGUCUGCUGAAACCUGGAGGCACUGUCGUCGAAGGAACUGCCGGCAAUACCGGCAUUGGGUUGGCACAUGUCUGCCGAGCGAGAGGAUACAAACUGGUCAUUUAUAUGCCAAACACCCAGUCUCAAGGCAAGAUCGACCUCCUGAGGUUGCUGGGCGCAGAAGUAUACCCUGUUCCAGCUGUUGCAUGGGAAAACCCGGAGAACUAUAACUGGCAGGCAAAAAGACAUGCCGAGAGGCUGCGGAAGGAAGAUCCCGAGCACGGUGCUGUGUGGACGAAUCAGUUCGAUAAUGUCGCCAAUCGACGAGCGCAUAUUGUAACCACAGGUCCAGAGAUCUGGGCCCAGACCGACGGCAAAAUUGACGCUUUCACCUGUUCUACUGGAACUGGUGGGACCCUUGCCGGCGUUACUCGGUACCUUAAGGACGUUAGCAACCAUUCCGUCAAGUGCUUCCUGGCAGAUCCCCCUGGCUCGGUUCUCUUUUCCUACAUCAGUUCCGGCGGCAAGCUCAAAGACAGAACGGGGAGCAGCAUCACAGAAGGCAUUGGUCAAGGUCGCGUGACGGACAACCUAAAGCAAGAGGUCAACGAGCUUGACGGUGCAGUGUAUAUCUCUGAUGAGAAAUCUAUUGCUAUGGUAUACCGCUGCCUGGACGAAGAGGGACUUUACCUGGGAGCCAGCAGUGCAUUGAAUGUGGUCGCCGCGAAAGAGGUUGCCGAGAAGCUGGGGCCUAAUCAUACCGUUGUCACCGUCUUAUGCGACGGAGCCUACAGAUAUGCGGAACGGCUGUUCAGCGACAAGUGGCUAAAGAGUAAGAAUCUGAGAGAAGCUAUACCGCAACAUUUACAGAAAUACAUUGUGUUGCCAUAG